ACAAGUCUCAGCCUCUUUAUCUACGCCAAUGCUCUCCCUUUAAUCCCGUCGGCGCUGGUUGCCAUGCGUCAGUUACAGUCACUACUGGUCUUUCUAGCCGCGAUCCUCACAUUUGCGCGCGCUUCUUCAGACUACCACGAGCAACUCGUUCUUCGACCCUUACAGCCCUCCCUACUACUAGCCUCGUUCAACUUCCAAAGUAAUACAACUUGGGCAUCUUUCGAGCAGCAGAACUUUCGAUACUUCCCUCGAUCGCUUGGACAGAUUCUCCAACAUGCCAAUACGCGCGAAUUGCAUUUGAGGUUUAGCUUGGGGCAAUGGGACGCUGAGAAUUGGGGCGCCAGACCGUGGAAAGGCGCGCGAGAAGGCGGGACGGGCGUAGAGCUGUGGGCUUGGGUUGAGGCCGAGACGGAUGAGGAGGCUGAUGGGCGAUGGUUGACGUUGACGAAUGCUUUGUCUGGCCUCUUCUGCGCCUCGUUGAAUUUUAUCGAUUCGACGAGAACGACAAGACCAGUGCUGUCUUUUCAACCCUCCGGCUAUCAUACGAACUCAACCGCUUCAAAAUUACACUUGCUUCACGGGACUCUACCUAGGGAGGUUGUGUGUACGGAGAACUUGACGCCUUUCCUCAAGCUGUUGCCGUGCAAAGGAAAGGCGGGAAUAUCGAGCCUUUUGGAUGGGCACAAGUUAUUCGAUGCAUCGUGGCAAAGCAUGUCACUAGAUGUUACGCCAAUUUGCCGGUCAGGAUCAGAGGAUUGCCAGCUCCAGAUCACUCAGACGACUGAUAUGGUAUUGGAUAUCCAGAGAUCGAAGCGUCCGAGAGACAAUCCGAUUCCAAGGCCUAUACCGAGUGAAGAACUCAAAUGCGACACCUCGAAACCAUAUAAUUCUUUUGACACCUGCUAUCCUCUGGACAUCUCCGCCCAGGAAGAAGAGUGGAGUCUGUCACAAAUUUUUGGUCAUACGAUGAAAGGAUCAUGUCCAUUGGCUGAGAAUGAAAGCUAUCCAGUGUGCAUCAAUGUACCGCAUGCUCGGGACAUCUACACUUCUGGUGCGCGUGAACAUAAAGACGAAUCAGGUUAUAUGCGAUGCUUCGAAUUGACACCGCAAGAGGACUUCGAAAUGAUUUUACCACCGCAAGAUUUAUCAGAAAGGGCCCCCCUCGAGCAGCCACUGCUGUAUGCUGAACGCUCAUUCAUCGGUUACGGUCAAGAACGAGGAGGUGUUCAGGCCAUCCUCACCAACCCUUCGCCCACAGAUGCUGUUGAUUUCGUGUACAUGGAGUCUCUCCCAUGGUUUAUGAAACUCUACCUGCAUACUCUGAAAGCCAAAAUCAAUGGGAAUUCGGAAGACGUCAUACAGGAGAUGUACUACCGUCCCGCGCUCGACCGAAAAAGGGGCACCCAACUGGAAGUUCGGAUUCUCAUUCCUGCGAAUUCAACAGUUGUCCUGACUUAUGAUUUCGAGAAAGCCAUCCUCCGAUACACUGAAUAUCCACCGGACGCGAAUCGUGGCUUCGACAUCGCGCCGGCGGUUAUCACGAUUGGGAAUGUGAGCAUCAGAACGACGAGUCUGCUCUUGCCGCUGCCCACCCCGGAUUUCAGCAUGCCAUAUAAUGUUAUCAUUCUUACCAGCACCAUCAUGGCGUUGGCGUUUGGGAGUAUAUUUAAUUUGCUAGUGAGGAGGUUUGUGGCCGCAGAUGAGGCGGAGAAGUGGGAUGUCAGGGCGCUCCGACUGAUAAUCAAGGGGGCAAUCAGUAGGUUCGCGAGGAGAUUUAUGAAGAAGACGACGAAAAAGGACUGAAAGAUGAAUAGAGAUUUACAUGAAAUAUACACUUUAAGCUCCUCAUGCCACAAGGGACAUGAGAAGUUCGUGACCUGGGC